AUGAUCCUGGCCAAUGCCUCCCAAUUCUCACCAUCUACAUUCUUCCUAAUGGGCAUCCCUGGCUUGGAACACCUGCACACUUGGAUAGGGAUUCCCUUCUGCUCCAUGUAUAUAGUGGCUGUAGUUGGGAAUGUGACUAUCUUGGCUGUGGUUCGGGCAGAGCAAAGUCUACAUGAACCCAUGUUUCUCUUCCUAUGCAUGCUCUCUGUCACUGACCUUGUACUCUCAACAUCCACCAUGCCACGCAUGCUCUGUCUCUUCUGGUUUGGUUCUCAUGAAAUUGCUUUUGAUGCUUGCCUAGCUCAGAUGUUCUUCAUUCAUAGUUUCACAGCCAUGGAAUCUGGUUUCUUCUUGGCAAUGGCCUUUGACCGCUAUGUGGCCAUUUGCAACCCACUACACCAUACAACUGUCCUUACCCAUAUCCGCAUUGCCAAGAUAGGUAUUGCCAUGGUACUUCGAGGCGUGGUCUUUUUCUCUCCACACCCUAUUUUGCUUAAGCAGCUGCCCUACUGUAGGACUCGAAUAAUUGCACAUACAUACUGUGAGUUCAUGGCCUUGGUUAAACUGGCAUGUGCAGAUGCAGGUGCCACCAAACGCUAUAGCAUCAGCAUGGCUGGUGUUUUUGGCUGCUGUGAUGCCUCCUUCAUUGCCAUCUCCUAUGUUCUCAUUCUCCGUGCUGUUUUCCAUCUCCCAUCCCGUGAAGCCAGACUUAAAGCCUUGGGCACAUGUGGCUCCCAUGUUUGUGUUAUCCUUGUCUUUUACUCCACAGCAGGUUUCACCUUCCUGACCCAUCGUUUUGGCUUCAAUGUACCCCCCCAUGUCCACAUUUUUAUUGCUAAUAUGUACUUGCUAGUGCCUCCUUUCCUUAACCCAAUUGUUUAUGGGAUAAGGACUAAAAAAAUUAGAGAUCAUGUCCUAGGAGCUUUGAGGAUAAAGGUUGUCUGA